CACACGGCGUUGGAUGGAUCGACGUGAAAGAGGUAUCGGAUUGCGAUGGCGCGCUUGGGUUUUGGCCUGACAUCGUGUAUCCCGUAAAGGAUCUGUGGCUCCGGAAAAAUCGCGCUCCAGCGAGGCUGCUCUGCACAGGAGACGAAGAGGAUAGAACAGCAGCCCACUCUACUGCUGCAGAAGCUCAUCCGGUUCUCAUUUGGUUCGAUCUGUUCAGGGAGAAUUUUCGGUCUUCCGCCAACACUUUCACGGCGUCAACUGGAGACGUAACGCUCGUGCUUCAGAUCGAAGUGACAAAGGCCUCUACGUCGGAAGUCAAAGUUGUCGAAAAAAGGCUAGCUGUCACUCUAUGGCCUUUUUCCCUGCCAGAUAAAUCUCGGUUCCGAACCACCUACGGCAUUCACACCCAGGAUUCCUGGUGGCGACGCAAAGUGGACGUCGGAUUGUUGCAUCGGUUGAGCUUUGGGAAGGGCUUUGCAUACGAAAACAAUGAAGACCUGCUCCUGCCGCGGAAAAUGAAGUUCGAGCCGUUGCCAGUGAACGUGAAGUUGGCAACGCUGUCCGCGCGGGAGGAGCCAGUGCGUGCGGUGAGUCUGAGUCUGUUUGAUGGGAAAAUAAGUGAUCGGGUUUUGAGAUUGACCAUGGAAAAGGAAAAGCCACAAGAACUUAUCUCUCACAAGCGCCAGAUCUCCGCCUUCCGCUUGAGCGAGUUGGAUACUGUAACUUCGCUAGAAAACUCAACGCUACUGCUCCCCCCGGAAAAAAGAAAGCCAGCGUUGAAAUACGUGCAGCCGUACAUCUACCCCUGCGAUGAGCCUGGUCCCACGAAAGGAGCUUUUGCCACUUGCAAAAACAGAACAGACCAGCUCUUAACGCGGUUCAACCAAUCGAUAACAGGCAGUGAAGAGCGAGAAACCUCGAAGCAAAAUCAAUACCACGUUCCCGUCCUGAUCACGACUAUGUCUUACCUCGCAGAGCAGCAGCGACCGUUUUUUCCGUCGGAGAAGCAAAUCCAGAUUUUUUGCCCCCUGUUGAACUUUGUGCACAACCCAGAGAAGCACUGCGACGACUACCCGGAGUAUACAUUUACGAAUCAAAGGAGAACGUAUAAUGUCACGACAAGCAACAAGGAUGGAGCCGAUAGCGGCGUGAUUUUUGCGUCCACGGGUACAGGUGAAAAAUAUGUAAUUUCUCGUCAAGGAGCACAACAGAGACAGAACAUGGAGCAAAAUCAAACUCUCUACUGGUACAUUAGCUGCAUGUCUCAUGGUUGUGACAUGGACCUGCCGGAAAAUCGCCACUCUCGCGGAUGCAUCGGUUUACCCUGUCGUAGCUCUUGGCCUUCUUUUAUGGUGGACACGCUGUUUGAGAGAAAUCGAAAAUUACAAGUCUUAGCCUACUUGUACGAUGUGCGCGGGGAGCUCUAUUGGGAAGUGGACCAGUUUAACAGCACAACGGACUUGCUACAUUUCGGGGGAAAUGGCGACGGGCAGCUGAUCUACCCAGGGGUUGUAGACACGUCUGAUGAUGAAGGACCUGGGUUAGAAACAGAUGACGAAAGUUGUGAAAGUGAAAACUCUUCGUCUUCUUCAACUUCGUCUGUCCCUCUUGCCAGUAUUCGCUUGAAGCAUAUUCGUGACGGACUGGAAGAUUUAGAGUAUCUGUAUCUGCUGGAAGACGCGCUGGUUUCCUCUGUGGUAGGGGCAGCGGAUUUGUUGUCUGAGUCUGACACGAUUAAAAAAGUGAAUGAUGUCCGCGCUCACGCAAAGGAUUUUAUUGUCGAAAAGUUCGUGCACAAAUUUGUCACCUCGACGGUGGACACCGUGGCACAGAACGGGACGUGGCUGGAAGAGCGACGGAAAGUUGGCGAAGCAAUCGCGAAUGUUACUGUGCUUGCUAGCGGAAAUCAUCGCGAUGUGGAGAGGCCGGUGAGGAGAAGAAUACUAGAAAAAGACAAACGGGAGGAUGGAGCGAUAACGUUAUUGGAAGAGUUUCUCACGUUCAUGCGGCGCAGUCGCGGCAGCUCUGCAGCUUUAGAUGAUACUGGGUUUAGUAGAUCAGUCAAAAAGAUAAACGCCCAUCAAGAACAAGAGAAUAAAGCGAUUUACGCGUAGGAGAAACCAUGUCGUGUGUGUGAUGUCAACACUUCCAUUUACAACUGAACUUCAUUCUACAACUUUCAACAUCAUUCCUCUUACUGAACUUCCUUGUCUGUCUUACUGAACUUCCUUGUCUGUCUUACUGAACUUCCUUGUCUGUAAUGUUAAUGAACGCAUCAGCCAGCUUCGUGUCGUAUAGGCAAACGCCCUUCUUGUUGCUUAAAAUUUGGCGAU